AUGGAUGCAGCAAAGUCAACAAGCAAACACUUGAAGAUCUCAUUCUUAUGCGCUGUUACCAAGAAGGCAUCACUAAGGACUCGGUUGGCAGGAAAGGAUGUGACUGCUCACAUUUUCGAAUAUACUUCAAAUGUAGUCGUUACGGAGACUGGGGAGGUGUCUACUGGGAACUGCCCAGUUCAGAUCAUCCUCUGCUUGAAAGAGCAGAUCAAGAAGAAGCUCAACAGUCACUGCUGGUUCUUUAACACUUUUGGUCCAUUGAUCAACCCGAAUGUCUGUGUUCUUCUAGACGUUGGUACCAAGCCAACCAGUACAUCAGUCUACGAGUUGUGGAAAUGCUUCAAUAAACACUCUAAUGUUGGAGGAGCCUGUGGAGAGAUUUGUGUUGACACUGGCAGAGCUUGCUUGUUGCUCCUCACGAGUCCUCUUGCUGCUUCUCAGAAAUUUCGAGGUAAUACGGUUGCAGCUCUAGCCUCACGAAUUGAUAUUGAUUUUGACAUAGUAGGACAGUAUAUAAUGUCUUAUAUCCUCGACAAACCACUUGAGAGCGUGUUCGGUUACAUCAGCGUGCUUCCUGGUGCAUUUAGCGCCUACAGAUAUAGGGCCCUCCCGAAUGGUCCUAAUGACAAAGGCCCCCUUGCCUCGUAUUUUAAGGGAGAGGCUAUGCAUGGUUGUCUUAGAUAUGUCAAGAGUGCCAAGGCUGCUACAGAUGUUCCCACAACCGUGCCCGAAUUCAUCUCUCAGCGUCGCCAAUGGCUGAACGGGUCCCUGUUUGCUUCUUUCCAUUCGACAAUCUUCUUCUAUAGAAUCUGGACAUCUGGGCAAAACCCAUUCGUAUGCUUGUACUCCAGUCCAGCUCAUAUUCACGUGGACGUCACUUGCGAACUUUUACCUGGCUUUUCUGGUUCAUCGGCAACUACGACAACAGAUGGUGCUUUCAACUUCCUGAGCCAAGGAGCGGGACAGGACAUCUUCCAGGUUUUCUUGAAGCUUUUUAUUGCCCUCCUGUUUGUCGUCACCAUCUGUUCACUAGGAAACCAGCCACAGGGGUCCAAAUGGAUUUAUUCGCUCUGCAUGGUACUUUUCUGUAUUUGUAACAUCAUCACACUUUGGUGCGCCGGAUGGACGGUGUAUCUUGCUGUACCUCAUACCAUCGCUGGAUGGAAGGACUUCCCUCAGUAUAUGGUCAUUGUGAAAGUUGGCAAGCCUACUGCACGUUCAAAACCUGGAAACAGGGGCAAGUGUGACAGUCAGAUUCUCCUCAUGCAUUACUUGAACCGUGUCCACUUCAACACGCCAAUGAAUGUUAUUGGGAUUGAUCCUGUUUUCUACAAGUACAUUUUCACUAUUGAUGCUGAUACGCAACUAACUCCAGAGUCUCUGAAUCGAUUAGUCAUGUCUGAUGCAGAUGACUCAAGCAUCAUUGGCAUUUGUGGCAAGACCAAGCUUACGAACGAAGAGGGUUCAUGGCGGACGAUGAUUCAGGUAUACAAGUACUACAUCUCUCACCAUUUAUUGAAAGCCUUCAAGAGUUUGUUUGGUUCAGUAUCUUGUCUUCCUGGAUGUUUCUCGCUCUACCAUAUCCGUACUGCAGACAAGGGCCGACCUAUCAUCAUCUCCAACCGUAUCAUCGGGAACUAUCUCAACAUGCAAGAUUUGAGAGAUGACAGUGACAAAAAAGUGGUUCUAAAUCAGCUAUUCUUUUCAAGCGGAAUCUUCAUGCUAAGACAAAGUUUACCACAAAUGCAACAAACCCUGCCUCCCCACUCAUUGGCCGCGCUCCAUCGCAGGCAAUUUAUGGGACAUUCACUUGUACCAGUCUCAUUGUUUUAUUUUGUGGUCAGCUAG